CUAGGCAUGCAGACUGCUUCUACAACAUGUGUGAAAGAAUGGGUCACUCUCAGGAACUCAGUGAAUUUAAGCGUGGUAUCAUGAUAUGUUGCCACCUGUGCAAUAAGUCCAUCUAUGAAAUGUCCUUGCUGCUAAAUAUUCCACGGUCAAUUGUUAGUGGUAUUAUAACAAAGUGGAAGCAAUUGGGAAAAACAGCAAGGGGGAAAGUGCUGCUGCUGGACUCUAGAGCAGUGGAGAUGUGUUUCUCUGGAGUGAGGAAUCAUGCUUCUCUAUCUGGCAAUCCGAUGGACGUGUCUGAGUUUGGAGGUUGCCAGGAGAACGGUACUUGCCUGACUGCAUUGUGCCAAGUGUAA